AUGAACCAGAUCAACCUUGAAUUAUUGGAAAAUUUGUGCCUCCAGAUUUUCUACAAAAGAAAAUAGUUAAAAAAUUUAAAACAGAUUUUAUAAUUGCAAGUUCUUUAACAACAAUAAUUAAAAGAACCUUCUCCAAAAAAUGAUGAGUUAAAUAUUUAAGACUUUACAUUUUUAUAAUGA